AUGCCGACCGUCACAGCCCUGACACCAACCUGCUCCGGCAGGCCGAGCAAGAGCGACGACGAUCUGGUAUCCGCGACGGCCUCGGGCGCCGACACCUCUGCCAACGACAAGCCGACUCUGAACCGCCGACGACACUCCUUCUUCCUCCCGCGGCGCAAGUCCAUCGUCGGCCAAAUCAUGGACACUGAGGAGAGCCUGCUGCUCAAGGUCGACCUCUUCCUCUCGGAGCUAGAGCGCCGUCUCGAGUUCAUCGAGCGCUAUGGCGACAUGAGCCGCGACUACAACUUUUCUCGAGCCUUUUCCACCCUCCAGGCCGUCCGCACCCGCUGCUCGCAAGCGUCUGAGGAGGUCAUUGGCGCCGGACGUCGCCGUCUGCACGUCAUGGUUGAGACGCUAGAAACUCGGUACCAGGAGACGCUGGCGGCGACCGAGUCUCUCCACGAAAAGGCAUGCGUCGGCAUCGAUUUGCUCGAAGGCAUGCUCUCCGAGUUUGAGGAGCGUGCGCACAAGCUGCGCGAGCAGAGCUUUGCCAAUGCCGCCACGGCUGCCGAGGCCUUCAUGGACGAAGGUUUCGAACGCGCCAAGCGUGCCGCUCUGUCACUAGAGGAGCAUAUUCAGCAGGCCGUUGCCUUGGCCAAGGAAAGACGACUAUUGGCGUACCAUGAGCUGCCCGUUCCGUGGCGCAACAACCCGCACAUCCACAAGGGCUACCGCUUCACCGAGACGAAGCUCGAGUGCGUCUGCUCCGUGUUUAACAUUUCCAACGAGUUCAUCAACAUUUGGUCCCAUGCGCUAGGCCUGGUCCUAGUGCUCGCCUGCGCUUUUUACUUUUACCCGACCAGCACCAACUUUUCGCUCAGCACCAAGAGCGACGUCUUUGUGGCAGCUGUCUUCUUCAUCAUGGCCUGUCUGACGCUCGUCUGCUCCGUCAUCUGGCACACGAUGAACUCGGUCGCCGACGUCAAUGCCAUUUCCAUCUUUGCCUGCGUCGACUACACCGGCAUCUCGCUGCUCAUUGCGGCGUCCAUCAUGACGACCGAGUACACGGCGUUUUACUGCGAUCCUAUCAGCCGCUGGACCUACAUGCUGCUGACGGCCUUUCUCGGCAUCGGCGGCGUCAUCAUGCCCUGGCACCCCCGGUUUAACAGACCGGACAUGUCCUGGGCGCGUGUCGUGUUCUUUGUCGGCCUGGCCCUGACGGGCUUCCUUCCCAUCCUGCAGCUGCUCUACACGCACGGCUCGGAAUUCGUCAUUGACUUUUACUCGCCCAUUCUCAAGUCAGUUCUCGUCUACCUGGGCGGCGCCGUCGUGUACGCGAGCAAGAUUCCUGAAUGCUGGUACCCCGGCAUGUUUGACUACAUUGGCGGCAGCCACAACCUUUGGCACGCUGCGGUACUCGGUGGUAUCAUCUUCCACUACACAGCCAUGCAGCAGUUCUUUGCCAAUGCAUUUGACCGCGCUGUGAGCGGCUGCCCUGUCUACUAG